CGACAUUUUUCUUCCUCUUCUUCUACAUUCUUAUGGAUGCUUUGUUACUUUAUGAUUCUGCUUCCGAUGAAGAUGACAAUGACGAUAAAACUACAACAAACAAAAAUAGAAAACGCUCUUUUCCUUCUGAUCAAUUAAAACUACCGGUGAAAAGACAAGCUUUACCACAAUUACCUUCUUUUUUUUCUCCAAUUCACAAGCCUUCUUCCUCUUCUCAAGAUCAUCAAGGAAGGACUCGUUCAAAACCAGCUCUACUUGACAGUUGGCCAACUCAUGUUUAUAUCCAAAUUCCAACAUGUGAACAAAUACAGACAAUAUUAGGUAGAGUGACAACCCAAGAUGCUACUAUUCAUUCCAUGAUUUCGAAUGAUAACAGUUUUCAUCUCAGUUUGACAAAAUGUCUUUAUCUCAAAGAACAUCAGUUGGAUGGAUUUGCUGAUAUGAUACAAAAACGACUAGGAGAUACUUCAAGGUUUACUAUCUCAUUCGCUCAAUUAUCUUUACUCACCAAUGAAGAAAAUACAAGAUCAUUUUUAACAAUUGAAGUUGGAUCUGGUUACAAUGAGUUGAUGAAACAAUUGAAACUAGUAGAUCAAGUCGUCAAACAUUAUGGACAACCUAUAUUUUAUGAGCCUCCAAGGUUUCACGCAAGUAUUGCCUGGUCGCUAAAGAAAGAUCCAUUGGAAAACAUCAUCCAGAAUUCUCCUGAACAACUAAUGAAGGAUUUAGCUUAUAUAGAAUAUGAAGUAUCUAGCGUUUUUAUUAGAAUGGGAAAUAGAUUAGUGAAGAUCAAGUUACGAUAAUGAAUAAAAAUUUUUUUUUUUUUUUUAUGGUUGCAUGAUAUUUUCUUCAGGAUUUCGCCUGCCAGCGGCAGGAUGGCGG